AUGGCGUCCGCGGAGGAACUAAAGGCGGAAAACACCCGCCUUCAAGCGGAGAUGCAGUCCAUGAAAAAGAAGAUUGUUUUAGCUCUCAAAAAGCAGCAGGCGGAGCUUCAAUCUAAAGUCCAAGAGGCCGAACGAGUCCGGGACGAGGCUUUAAAGCGAGCCGAAGCCGCGGAAUCAGGAGCUUCUAACGGAGAUGCAUCUAAAGGAGCGGAUCCGGCGGCGCUGCAGCAGCUGCAGGACCAACUGAAUGCGUCUCAGCAGGAACUGAAAAUGCUAAGAGAAGAGUACGUGGUUGCGAGCGAGAAGCUCAAGGCUGCUGAAGACCAGGCCAGAUCAGCGGAGGAGGAGAGAAAGAAAGCCAUGGAUGACGCAAAUGCGGCUCAGAAGAGCCUUCGCGCGUCGAAAGAGGAGGUCCAGAUGGUCCGCGAGCAAUGGACGGCGGCGCAAGGCGCGCUGAUGACAACUCAGGAGGAGCUUAGCGGUCUGCAGGAGCAGCUGCGGAAAGCGCAGGGGGAGGCGCGGGAGGCGCAGGAAGGGCGCGCGGCGGCGCAGCAGGCGCUGCAGGCGCUGGGGGAGCGGGUGAAGGCGGCAGAGGCGGAGAAGCGGAGCGAUCAGGCGGAUCAGCGGCGCGCGCAGGAGGUGGUGGUGCGCGCGGAGCAGCAGCUGAAAGCCGCGCAGGCGGAGCGGGAGAGCGCGAUGGAGGCGCUAAACGCUGCGCGGAGAGAGCUGGAGGGUUCUCGGGCAGACGGGGAAAAGAUGGCCGGGCAGCUGAAAGCAAUUCAGGUGGAGCUGGAAGCUUCGAAGGAAGAUGGGAGCAAGCUGCAGGCGCUGGUGGCGGAAUUGCAGAGGAAGCUUCCUGCGGUGGAGCAAGAGAGGGAAGUGCUGAGGGGGGAUAAGGAGAAGUUGGAAUCGGAGAUUAAAGCGCUAAGGGAUGAGCUCGAGGGUUUGAGACACGGCAAGGAAGCUUCGCUGGAAGAGCUGCGUGCGCAAGUCGAAACUUCCAGGAAGGAGCUGGGGGAAGUCAAAGCGGAGCUGGAGAAGGCGAAGGAGGAGGCUGGAAAGGCUCAGUGUGAGGCGACGAACAAGGGCGCGCAGGUAGAGGAGUUGCUUCAGGCGCAGGCGGCGCUUCAGGGGGAUAUUGAGAAGGCCAAGACGGAGGCAGCAGAAGCGCGGGAGGAGGUUGGAAAGGCUCAGUGCGAGGCGACGAACAAGGGCGCGCAGGUAGAGGAGCUGCUUCAGGCGCAGGCGGCGCUUCAGGGGGAGAUUGAGAAGGCCAAGGCAGCGGCAGCAGAGGCGCAGGAAGAACUGGGGAAGGUGCGAUGCGAGGCGACGAACAAGGGCGCGCAGGUGGAGGAGCUGCUUCAGGCGCAGGCGGCCCUUCAGGGGGAAAUUGAGAAGGCCAAGGCGGCGGCAGCAGAGGCGCAGGAAGAACUGGGUAAAAUGCGAUGUGAGGCAACGAACAAGGGCGCGCAGGCAGAGGAGCUGCUUCAGGCGCAGGCGGCGCUGACAGGGCAGGUGGAAGAGGCGAAGGCCGCAGCAGCUAAAGCAGCUGCGGCGGCAGCAGAUGCAGAGGCGGCUCUUCAAGCGCAGCUGGCAGAAGCGAAGAAAGAAGUUGCCAGCCUUACCUCACAGCUGAAGGGCAUGCGAGGGGCCAUGGAUCACGUGCAGAAGGCUGCUUCGGAGACAGAGGAGAGCAUCCAGAAAGAGCUGGCAGAUCUCGCCGCCAAGUCAGAUUCCCUCAAAGACCAGCUGGCAGCCGCGCAGGCUGAGCUGGCAUCAGCCAAAUCCUCGCUGGAAAAGGAGAUUCAUUCGAGAGAGGCAGCGCAGAGAGAAGCAGAGGAGGCUCGAGCGGCGUUGGACUCUUUCCAGGAAAGUGCCGGGAAGGAGCAGCAGCAAGCUGGGGAGCUGUGGCAGCAGCUUCUAGACACGCGGAAGCAGGUUGCAGCAGAGACGGAUAGGGCUGAUGGGAGCGAGAAAGAGGCGGAGGGAUUGAGGAAGAGGGUUGAGGGGUUGGAGAGGGCGGUUGAGGAGAAGGAGAAGGAAGGGGAGGCUGUGAGGGGGGAACUGGAGGGAGUGAGGGGGAGGUUAGGGGAGGUGGAGGGGAGGGUGAAGGAGUUGGGGGAGGACGUUGCUGCAAAGGAUGAGGAGGUGGGUGGGCUGAGGAGGGAGUUGGAAGCUGCGUUGAAGGCAGCUGAGGAGGCGAAGGAGGAGGGUGAAAAGGUAAGGAAAGUGGCUGAGGAGCUAAAGAAGGAGAUGUAUGUCGUUGUAGGGACGAAGGAGGCGGAGAUUAAAGCCAAGGAGGAGGAGAUUCAGGGGCUAAAGGAGAAGCUGGAGCAAGCGGUAGCAGAGAAGGGAUCAGGAGAGGCGGAGGCUGCUAAGAUGGGCGAAGACAGGAAGGCGUUAGAGGGCCGGGUGGCGGAGCUUCAAGGGGAGCUUGAGAAGGCGAAAGCGGAGGUGGAGAGCGGUAAAGAGGAGUUGGAGAGGGUUAAAGGGGAAGCAGAGAAAGCACAAGGGGAGGCAGAGAGUGUUAAAGUGGAACUCGAGAGGGUGAAAGAGGAGGAAGAGAGAGCGAAAGGGGAGGUGGAAAAGGGUGUGGUUGAAGUGGAGGAGGCGAGAGGCGCGCUUAAGACAGCAGAGGAGAGGGUGAAAGAAUUGGAGGUGAACGAGGGAGAGUGGGAGGGGCGAGAGGCUGAGUUGAGGAAGAAACUGGAAGCAGCAGAGGCGGAGUUAGCUGCUGCUAAGGCUGAAGCCGCAGCAGCAGGGGCAGAGGCGGCAGGAGCAGCGGCAGCAGGGGCUGUGGCAGGAGAGGCCCGAGUGGGAGAGCUGGAAGAGGCGUUGAAAGCGGUGAAGAGGGAGAAGGAGCGGUUGGAGGAGGAGUUGGAGGAGGCGUUGGGGAAGGUGAGGGAAGCGGAGAGGAAGAGCGAGCAGGUACAGGCAGAGAUCAAAGCAGAGCUGCAGGGGAUGAGGGAGAAGAGCGUAAAGGAGGGCGCAGAGAGGGCGGAUGGGGAGAAGAGAGUAACUGAGCUUACUGCUGAGUUGGAAGGGGUGAGAGCAAGGGUAGAAGCAGCAGAGCUAGAGGCAGGGAGGAUGAGGGAGGAGGCGGAGAGGGGGAGGGAACAGCUGGCAAUGUCGGGCGGUGCGCAGGCUGAGGAGCUGGCGAAGGUGAAUGCUGAGCUGGCGACGGCAAACGCUGAGCUGGCGCGGGUGUCGGGUGAGCUGGCGCAGGCUGCAGCUGCCCGUGUGGCGGCGGAGGAGGCGGCUGCCAGAGUGGCGGGCGCUGCAGGGGAGGCGAUGGGGAAGGCUGAGUCAGCAGAGAGUGAGCUGGCGACAGUGCGCAGCAAGCUGGAGGCAGAGGUGAAGGCAGCGGAGGACAAGUAUGCGGAGCUGGACAGCAAGUUCAACCGCCUGCAGAAGCGCGCCAAGCAGAGAAUCCAGGAAGUGACCAAGGAGAAGGAGGAGGCAGAGAGGAAGCUGGCAGAGGAAAGGAAGCAACAGGCGGCGCUGCAGGAGGAUCUGGAGAGAGCCAAGGGGGUGGCUGCAGAGGCGCAGCGGACGGCCGAGAAGGACAAGGAUCAGCUGAGGAAGACCAACGCGUCGCUCAAAGAAGAAGUGGACGAGCUGAGGCGGGCCUUGGAACUGAAGGAGCAUAACCUGAAGGAGUCGCGGAGGCUGGCAGCGGGCAAGGAGCAGGCGUGGCUGGAGCUGUCGAGCUCAGCGCAGGAGGAGCGGGAGCGCAUGGCGGGGGCUGUGAAGGAGGUGGAGGAGCGGAUGGAGCGGAUGGGGAAGGAGCAGGAGGCGCGGGCGGCUGAGCUGCAGAGGGAGUUGAACAAGGCACUGGAGAGCAGCAGUGCGCUGCAGGUCCAGCUGUCGCAGAAGGAGCGCCAGCUGGCGGAAGUAGAGGCGGCUACGUCAGGCGAGCUGGCGCGGCUGUCGGCCACUCUGGAGGCGACACGUGGCGAGCUGCACCGGCUGGAGCAGAAGCUGCAGGAGGAGAGGAGCGGGUGGGAGGAGACAGUGGGGCAGCUGAAGAGGCGGGUGGAGGGGAUGGAGAGGGGGAAGCGCAUGCAGGAGGUGGCGUUGCAGGAGGCGAAGGGGGCGUGGCAGCAGGAGGUGGAGGGGCAGAAGAAGGCCGUUGCUGCCGCCCUGGCGGAUUUAGCUGCUGCACAGGCGGAGGUGGCGAAGGGGCGUAAUGAGCUGGCGGCGUACAAGGUGCGGGCAGCAGCGAUGCUGAAGAAGAAGCAGGAGGAGCUUGAAGCGGUGGGGAACGCCGAUGCUAUGGCGAGCAAGGAAGAGGCAAUCCACGAGGCGAAGCGGGCAGAGGCAGCAGCAGUGGCGGAGAGGGACAGAGCGCUUAAGGCUUUGGAGGAUGCUGCUGUGGACCAUGAGACGCAGAUGGCAGCGCGAAACGUGGCAUUGAUGGAAGCGGAAACGAAGAUACGGGAGCUGACGGGCAGGCUGGAGGCGGUGAGGCAGCAGAGCCGGGCAGCGCAGGAGGAGAUGCACGGGCGGAUGAUGGACCUGGAAGACGGGUGGCGCGCAGAGAAGCUGCGGCAGCAGGAGGAGAAGCUAAAGGGGCAGACGGACAGCCAGACAGCAACUCUAGAGACAGAGUUGAGGAGAAGAGUGGAGUCCGGGGAGAGGGAGCAUUCAGCGUACAGAGAGAUGGCGGACAAGACUAUAGAGGCCAAGGAUAAGGCGAUUGAGGGGAAGGAUAAGGAGAUUGCGCGGCUCUCUGCUGAAGCUGCACGCCUGCAGGAGGCUCUGAUUGCUGCUCAGGCUGGUUCUGCUGCUGCUGGUGGCGCUGGUGCUGGUGCUGGUGCUGCUGCUGCUGCUGCUAGUGUGGCUGGUGGUGGUGCCAACAGUGGUGCCGGUGGUGGUGUUGCUGGUGCUGGUGGUGGUGGGGAGGGUGAUGGGGUAAAGCUUGCGGGGCUGGGUGCUGCUGGGAUGGAUGGAGCGGCCAGUCCCAGGAAACCAGCUCUCAUCUCGGUGAGUCCACUGCACCCACUGCACCGCACUCCACCGCACUCCAAUGCUGUAAAUGCUGCUGGUGGGGAGGGUGAUGGGUUGAAGAUAGCGGGGCUGGGUGCCGCUGGGAUGGAUGGAGCGGCCAGUCCCAGGAAACCAGCUCUCAUCUCGCCCGGUUCUCGGAUGUCAGAUCCAGGGUUCGGCAAAUCACCCUCAUCCACUGUCCCCUAUCUCAUCUUCCUCCUAUCCUAUCCCAUCUCCACAUUGACUCCCUCCCCCCACAAUCCCCUCCCUCAUGCAGCCCGGUUCUCGGAUGUUGGAUCCAGGGUUCGCCAAAUCACCCUCAUCCGGCCUACCUCUCUCCCUCGGUGCGUUGCCUCUCUCCCUCGGUGCGUUGCCUCUCUCCCUCGGUGCGUUGCCUCUCUCCCUCGGUGCGUUGCCUCUCUCCCUCGGUGCGUUGCCUCUCUCCUCGGUGCGUUGCCUCUCUCCCUCGGUGCGUUGCCUCUCUCCCUCGGUGCGUUGCCUCUCUCCCUCGGUGCGUUGCCUCUCUCCCUCGGUGCGUUGCCUCUCUCCCUCGGUGCGUUGCCUCUCUCCCUCGGUGCGUUGCCUCUCUCCCUCGGUGCGUUGCCUCUCUCCCUCGGUGCGUUGCCUCUCUCCCUCGGUGCGUUGCCUCUCUCCCUCGGUGCGUUGCCUCUCUCCCUCGGUGCGUUGCCUCUCUCCCUCGGUGCGUUGCCUCUCUCCCUCGGUGCGUUGCCUCUCUCCCUCGGUGCGUUGCCUCUCUCCCUCGGUGCGUUGCCUCUCUCCCUCGGUGCGUUGCCUCUCUCCCUCGGUGCGUUGCCUCUCUCCCUCGGUGCGUUGCCUCUCUCCCUCGGUGCGUUGCCUCUCUCCCUCGGUGCGUUGCCUCUCUCCCUCGGUGCGUUGCCUCUCUCCCUCGGUGCGUUGCCUCUCUCCCUCGGUGCGUUGCCUCUCUCCCUCGGUGCGUUGCCUCUCUCCCUCGGUGCGUUGCCUCUCUCCCUCGGUGCGUUGCCUCUCUCCCUCGGUGCGUUGCCUCUCUCCCUCGGUGCGUUGCCUCUCUCCCUCGGUGCGUUGCCUCUCUCCCUCGGUGCGUUGCCUCUCUCCCUCGGUGCGUUGCCUCUCUCCCUCGGUGCGUUGCCUCUCUCCCUCGGUGCGUUGCCUCUCUCCCUCGGUGCGUUGCCUCUCUCCCUCGGUGCGUUGCCUCUCUCCCUCGGUGCGUUGCCUCUCUCCCUCGGUGCGUUGCCUCUCUCCCUCGGUGCGUUGCCUCUCUCCCUCGGUGCGUUGCCUCUCUCCCUCGGUGCGUUGCCUCUCUCCCUCGGUGCGUUGCCUCUCUCCCUCGGUGCGUUGCCUCUCUCCCUCGGUGCGUUGCCUCUCUCCCUCGGUGCGUUGCCUCUCUCCCUCGGUGCGUUGCCUCUCUCCCUCGGUGCGUUGCCUCUCUCCCUCGGUGCGUUGCCUCUCUCCCUCGGUGCGUUGCCUCUCUCCCUCGGUGCGUUGCCUCUCUCCCUCGGUGCGUUGCCUCUCUCCCUCGGUGCGUUGCCUCUCUCCCUCGGUGCGUUGCCUCUCUCCCUCGGUGCGUUGCCUCUCUCCCUCGGUGCGUUGCCUCUCUCCCUCGGUGCGUUGCCUCUCUCCCUCGGUGCGUUGCCUCUCUCCCUCGGUGCGUUGCCUCUCUCCCUCGGUGCGUUGCCUCUCUCCCUCGGUGCGUUGCCUCUCUCCCUCGGUGCGUUGCCUCUCUCCCUCGGUGCGUUGCCUCUCUCCCUCGGUGCGUUGCCUCUCUCCCUCGGUGCGUUGCCUCUCUCCCUCGGUGCGUUGCCUCUCUCCCUCGGUGCGUUGCCUCUCUCCCUCGGUGCGUUGCCUCUCUCCCUCGGUGCGUUGCCUCUCUCCCUCGGUGCGUUGCCUCUCUCCCUCGGUGCGUUGCCUCUCUCCCUCGGUGCGUUGCCUCUCUCCCUCGGUGCGUUGCCUCUCUCCCUCGGUGCGUUGCCUCUCUCCCUCGGUGCGUUGCCUCUCUCCCUCGGUGCGUUGCCUCUCUCCCUCGGUGCGUUGCCUCUCUCCCUCGGUGCGUUGCCUCUCUCCCUCGGUGCGUUGCCUCUCUCCCUCGGUGCGUUGCCUCUCUCCCUCGGUGCGUUGCCUCUCUCCCUCGGUGCGUUGCCUCUCUCCCUCGGUGCGUUGCCUCUCUCCCUCGGUGCGUUGCCUCUCUCCCUCGGUGCGUUGCCUCUCUCCCUCGGUGCGUUGCCUCUCUCCCUCGGUGCGUUGCCUCUCUCCCUCGGUGCGUUGCCUCUCUCCCUCGGUGCGUUGCCUCUCUCCCUCGGUGCGUUGCCUCUCUCCCUCGGUGCGUUGCCUCUCUCCCUCGGUGCGUUGCCUCUCUCCCUCGGUGCGUUGCCUCUCUCCCUCGGUGCGUUGCCUCUCUCCCUCGGUGCGUUGCCUCUCUCCCUCGGUGCGUUGCCUCUCUCCCUCGGUGCGUUGCCUCUCUCCCUCGGUGCGUUGCCUCUCUCCCUCGGUGCGUUGCCUCUCUCCCUCGGUGCGUUGCCUCUCUCCCUCGGUGCGUUGCCUCUCUCCCUCGGUGCGUUGCCUCUCUCCCUCGGUGCGUUGCCUCUCUCCCUCGGUGCGUUGCCUCUCUCCCUCGGUGCGUUGCCUCUCUCCCUCGGUGCGUUGCCUCUCUCCCUCGGUGCGUUGCCUCUCUCCCUCGGUGCGUUGCCUCUCUCCCUCGGUGCGUUGCCUCUCUCCCUCGGUGCGUUGCCUCUCUCCCUCGGUGCGUUGCCUCUCUCCCUCGGUGCGUUGCCUCUCUCCCUCGGUGCGUUGCCUCUCUCCCUCGGUGCGUUGCCUCUCUCCCUCGGUGCGUUGCCUCUCUCCCUCGGUGCGUUGCCUCUCUCCCUCGGUGCGUUGCCUCUCUUCCUCUCGGUGCGUUGCCUCUCUCCCUCGGUGCGUUGCCUCUCUCCCUCGGUGCGUUGCCUCUCUCCCUCGGUGCGUUGCCUCUCUCCCUCGGUGCGUUGCCUCUCUCCCUCGGUGCGUUGCCUCUCUCCCUCGGUGCGUUGCCUCUCUCCCUCGGUGCGUUGCCUCUCUCCCUCGGUGCGUUGCCUCUCUCCCUCGGUGCGUUGCCUCUCUCCCUCGGUGCGUUGCCUCCUCCCGGGUGCCUCUCCCUCGGUGCGUUGCCUCUCUCCCUCGGUGCGUUGCCUCUCUCCUCGGUCCGUACCCCCUCGCCCUCGCUUUCUGUCCUCCCUCUUCCUUGUUGUCUGGGGGAUGGGGUUGGCAGACAACCCAGCAGAGAAGGCUGCGAUCGCAGAGCAACACAUACUGGUACGUCUUGCCCUUGCCACUCCUGCCUCUCUUCCCUCUGCUGCCUCUCUUCCCUCUGCUGCGUCUCUUCCCUCUGCUGCGUCUCUUCCCUCUGCUGCGUCUCUUCCCUCUGCUGCCUCUCUUCCCUCUGCUGCGUCUCUUGUCUCUGCUGCCAUGCCAUGCCCGUCUGCCCCUUUGUUGUCCUUUCAUCCUUCCCGCACCCUUCACCCUUUCAUCCAGUUCCUUGCGCGGCAGCAAGCACAAAGGGAGGAGGAGGUAGCACAGUGCAGGCGGCACAUUCAGGCACUGCAGGAGGAGAUCACAGACUUGCAGAGGGAGAAUCAGCUGAGAGCCAAGCAGGAAUCUGUCUUGAAGAAGGAGCUGAGGAACAUGGAGAGAGCGCAGAAGAGAGAGACGGUGGACAUGACUUAUUUGAAGAACGUGAUUCUGCAGCUGCUUAUCAGAACAGACCAGAGGGCGACCCUCAUCCCUGUGAUCGGCAUGAUACUGCAGUUCAGCCCAGACGAGGUGAGCCUAGGCCGGCCGGCACUCCUUUAG